ACCUUUAGGUAAGUGCCUUUUCUGUUCUCUCCGACCCAUUCCGUCCGAUUUCCUUCAUACUCCUCUCAACCUCUGCUGCUCCCCCGGGAAUCAUCCCCUGCCCCGAUCGAUCACCACCGCUUUCCCGGAGCUGCCGUGCUUCAGCCACCGGCCCUCCCCGCUGCGGAGGUCUUCCACGGCAAGGCAACCAUCCCGAUUCCCAGCACUAAAGCGCCAACAACCCACUCUUGGGCGUGUGUUCCUUAUCCACAUUUUCCCCCUCUCUCACUUUUAGUCCUUUUCUCCAUUCCAUUUCACAUUCUUUAUUCCCCCCUAAUUAUCUUCUCACCCUCUCUCCCCAACAAAGGAAGAAAACAAAAAGAGUUCCAUUGACCGGACUCGCCAGGUUGUACCGGUUGGGGACUUGUAGUAGGUGAUUCUUCACCCGAGGCUCGCCCCCCCUCCCACCCCAGAGAGCCAUGGCGUCGCAAGGCGUAGAGGCCGAGAAGGGUGAAUUGAGGCAACAGGGGGCCAUUGAGGUAGCCCAGCAGGCUGCUCAAGACCCCCAGUCGAACCUCCACCCCGAAGCUGUCGAGAAGACCUUGGUCGAAGAGACCCGAAAGGCCGGUGUCCCGGCCUUUCAAUUUGAUCCCGAUGCAUCCCCGGAGGAGAAAGCCGCCGCAGCAAAAUCCCGCCUGCCUCCAGGCCUGAACGACUCCAAACCGAAAGGGGUGGCUGUUGUAACUGACAAGGACGAUGGCACCCCCGACCAGUAUGAUCUGCCUCCUCCGAGGUCCGCGACCGACCUUUUGCAGGAAAAGCCCGAAGGUGCACCUCAGAUGGAAGAGGACCUGCGAUGGGCGCGCGACCGGACAGGAUGGGCUCCGCAGUUUGAACACCAGCCGACACAGGAAGAAAAGGACGAAGGGACUCUGUUGGACCACCAGACCUUCUUGGAAGGAAGACUCGAUGACAAGUUUUUCGGAGAUUGGUACCACAACGCUGGUGUCAUUAUUUUCGCCUGCCUCGCUUCCUGGGUUAUCGCCGUUCUGGGCGGAGGACUGGCCUGGGUUUUCGUUGUCAUGGCCGCCUGUAGUACCUACUACCGGACGUCGAUUCGCCGUGUCCGCCGCAACUUCCGAGACGAUGUGAAUCGAGAAAUGGCCAAGCAACGCCUUGAAACCGACACGGAGAGUCUGGAAUGGAUUAACAGCUUCCUGGUCAAGUUCUGGCCCAUCUACGCUCCGGUUCUUUGCGAUACGAUCAUCAACUCGGUUGACCAGGUCCUCAGCACCUCCACCCCUGCAAUGAUUGACAGCCUGCGCCUGAAGACUUUCGUCCUCGGCUCUAAGCCUCCGCGUCUGGAACAUGUCAAGACGUAUCCCAAGACCGAGGUCGACACCGUCAUCAUGGAUUGGAAGUUCAGCUUCACACCUAACGACACCAUGGACUUGACCGCCCGCCAGCUGAAGAACAAGAUCAACCCCAAGGUCGUUCUGGAAGUCAGACUGGGUAAAGGUCUUGUGAGCAAGGGUCUUGAUGUGAUUGUCGAAGAUAUGGCUUGCAGUGGUUUGAUGCGCGUCAAGGUCAAGCUGCAAAUUGCUUUCCCCCAUAUCGAGCGUGUGGAUGUGUGCUUCAUGGAACGCCCUAAACUCGACUAUGUUUGCAAGCCGCUCGGUGGUGACACCCUCGGUUUCGAUAUCAACUUCAUUCCGGGUCUGCAGACUUUCAUUGAGGAACAGAUUCACAACAACCUGAGCCCGAUGAUGUACGACCCUAAUGUCUUCCCCAUCGAGAUUGCUAAGAUGCUGGCUGGAAACGCUAUCGAUCAAGCGAUUGGUGUCGUUGCCGUCACCCUGCACGGUGCCCGCCAGCUGAAGAACCCCGAUCCGUUUGCCGGUACCCCCGAUCCGUAUGCGGUUGUCUCCCUGAACAACCGGGUUGAAUUGGGCCGUACCAAAACUAUUCAUGAUACCGAUAGCCCUAGAUGGAACGAGACGAUUUACGUUAUCAUCACGUCCUUUGCGGAGUCUUUGACCAUUAUCCCGUACGAUUGGAAUGAGUUCCGCAAGGACAAGGAAUUGGGAGCCGCCACCUUCCCCUUGGAUAGACUGGAACAGGAAGCGGAGCACGAGGGCAUCUAUCUGGAAGUCAUGGCAAGCGGCAGAUCCCGCGGUGCCAUCCACGCCGACAUUCGAUUCUUCCCUGUCUUGGAGGGAACGCAGCUUGAAAAUGGACAGACCCAACCUCCCCCGGAAAUGAACACGGGUAUUGCUCGCUUCGCCGUGGAGCAGGCCAAGGACUUGGAUGGCAGUAAGAGUAUGGUUGGCCAACUCAACCCUUACGGCGUCCUCCUGUUGAACGGCAAGGAAAUUCACAUCACCAAGAAGCUGAAGCGCACGAACAACCCCAUCUUCCAGAAUGCUUCGAAGGAGUUCUUGGUUACGGACCGGAAGAGUGCCCGUCUCGGCCUGGUUAUCAAAGAUGACCGCGACCUUGGCAGGGAUCUUAUCCUCGGUACUUACCAAAUGAAGCUGAACGACAUGCUGAAGAUGAUGGAGAAGGGCCAACAGUGGUUCCAGCUGAACGGUGCUAAGACGGGCCGCGCCAAACUGAUCCUGGAGUGGAAGCCCAUUGCGCUGGGCGGAAUCUCAGGCGGUUCCGGCUAUGUUGAUCCCAUUGGUGUCAUGCGCUUCCACUUCAAGAGUGGAACCGAUCUUCGGAACUUGGAAACUGUGGGCAAGUCUGAUCCAUACGCCCGUGUCUUACUCUCCGGCUACCAGAAAGCACGCACUGUCACCUUCAGGAGCAACCUUAACCCCGAAUGGGAUGAGGUGGUCUAUGUUCCUGUGCACAGCCCUCACGAGAAGAUCACCCUGGAGGUCAUGGAUGAGGAAUCCAUGAAUAGCGACCGCACGAUGGGAUCUACGGAUCUGCGUGUCUCCGACUACGUGCGGGAGAACGAACAAGGCGAAUAUCUCGUUGACGACGAAAGGCAGCUCGUCUCCAGUGGCCUUCGCAUUGGCAAAUCUCAAAAAGGUACCUUGAACUACACCGUCGCGUUCUACCCUGCUGUGCCCGUGGUCAACCCCGAGGACGAGGAAGAAGAGUCCGAUGAGAACCUCAAUGGUGAUGCGGAGGGCGCCGAAUUGUCGAGAAAGAGCACGGAAUCCAAGCGUAAGAGCGUGGCUGGCCACUCGAAGUCGGCUAGCAUCGACUCCAAGGCAACCACUGCUCUCAACGGAACGUCUACGAAUGGUACUACUCCGGAAGCGCAGAGCAGUCGCGCCAGCCUUGACACCAAUGGAACCAGGCCGCAGACCGCGAAGGACUCGGAAACGAUGUCGAUCAAAUCGGUCAAGGAGGUCCCCAAGACUUACAUCUCUGCGGAGGACCUUGUGAAAUACGAAUCUGGUUUCAUCGUGUUCAACGUCCACGAAGUCCAGCUUUCCCGGCCCAAUGUUCAGCUCGAAGUCCUGAUGGAUGAUUACAUGUUCCCUGCCUAUUCCUCGCCGAAGAUCCGCACCAAGUCGGCCAAGCUCGAUGAUGUUGGCGACGCCUUUGUUCGUGAGCUCGAGUUCUCCAAGAUCACUAUGCGGAUCAUCGACAAGAAGGACACCAAGGAUGAAAGUGAUGACCAUGUGGUUGCCAAGUUGACGGGAGACACCCUUCCUACCCUGCAGCGUAUCUUGUAUACGCCCACGGAACUCAGCCUCCGUUCCCCCCAGGGAGAGGUGAGCAAGGUGAUUGUUAGCGCCCGGUAUAUCCCCGUUACCAUGAAGCUCGACCCUAGCGAAAGUAUCAACAACAUGGGAACGUUGCUGGUCCGCUUCCUGGAUGCUGCCGAUUUGCCGUCGGCCGAUCGCAACGGCUUCAGCGAUCCCUACUGCAAGUUCCGCCUUAACGACAAGGAGAUCUUCAAGACCAAGGUGCAAAAGAAGACCCUCCACCCCGCAUGGAAUGAACAUGUCGAGACCGAUAUCAAGUCUCGGAUUGCCAGCGUCUGCCGGGUGGAUGUGUACGACUGGGACUUUGGUGACAAGGCGGACUACUUGGGUGGCACCCAUUUCGACAUUCAGUCGCUGGAACCUUUCGUGACCAAGGAGGUUACUCUUCCGCUUGACGGGAAGUCCGGCGCCAUUCGGUUGUCGCUGUUGUUCAAGCCGUCGUAUGUGGUUCGCUCGCGGCAGGGAUCAUCCACCUUCGCUGGCACCUUCGCGACCCCCGGCAAGAUUGUCGGCGCCCCCGUCAAGGGUGUUGGGUUCGUCGGUGGCAACGUGAUCAAGGGUGCCUCGUUCCUCAAGCACGAAGGGUCCUCCUUCUUGAAGAACGGCCUGAUUUCCCGGUUCCGCAGCGAAGAUGGGUCUAGUGUGCACGAGGCCCAGGAAGAAGAAGAUGCCCCCGCUCCUCUGGCUCCUUCAGCUAUCUUGGUUGAAGGAGAAACGCCACCCGCUGCGUCCCCCAACAACCUGCAGCAUGCCCGCAGCCGUAGCGUGGCGUCCCACUACGGUGAUCGGCUAGGCGUCGCUGGUAAGGGUGAGACGGGCACGGCCACCAUCACGGUUGUUUCUGCCUCGGGCUUCCCUCCCACGGCCAAUGUGCGCGUGUUCGUCAAGGCUCAGGGGCCCAAGGGGAGCAAGGAGGUUCUGAAGACCAAGGCCAUCAAGUCUGGUGGGGGUCCCGUUUACUUCGACCCGGCGCACGAGACGUGCCGGGUGCACAACACCACGGCUGACGCCAGCUAUCAAUUGCGGGUGGUGGAUCACUCCACGUUUGGCUCAGACAGCCAGCUGGGAGAGGCGCCGCUCUUUGUGGAUGACCAGGGCUCGACGGCCGGACAAGACAAGCAGGUCAAGGUCGGCACGGGCACUGUCACUCUCCGCAGUAGCUUCGCGGUGUCUGAAUCGAACCUUCGCCCUGGCACGGCUCACUCCAACACUAAUGAUGGGGCAUCCGAUGUGAUGGACAGUCCCGACUCUAAGAAGACAGGGCGCCGCAGCUUCCUCAGCAAGCGGAGUGUCAGCGGAGCCUGAUAGGAGGGGCGCCAGGUGCAUGCCAUUGACGACUUCAUUGUAUAUUUCACCUUUUCUACUUUUUUUUUUCACUCAAAUAUUUCUUGAUGUUGCUCUCUCUUUGCUGUUUCAAAAUCCGAUCUCACUGUUGCCCUUGCUUAUUGCCGUCCCCUUGUGUUUGUUCGACCUCGCCGUGACGAGAUGAGAUGUGAUAUCCAUGGGGUUUGUUCUUAGCGUAGUGUUUGGAUACCGCCCGGUUGGGGCGGGGGACAAUCGGAAGAUUCUUGCUACCAG